UACAGUCAACUAUACAAUGUUUGCAUGCAGUUCAUAAUCAGACUUAUUUCUUUUCUUCUUCAUGUCCACAUCGUCCACACGCGACGCAGUGGUGCUGGAAAGAGCUCGCUAAUGACAGCACUGGCGUUCCACACGGGAUCCGGCGUCGUGGUGCACGGUGAUGUUCGCGUGAAUGGCGUGCAAACUACCUCCUCGUACAUGAGACGUCACAGCGGCUUCAUGCACCAGGAGGACAUGUUUAUAGAGACGAUGACGGUGAACGAGCAUAUCUGGUUUAUGGCCAGAAUGAAAUUGGACAGAAGAAUCCGCACUUCGGACGUUCGACUGAAGAUCGAUCGUUUGCUGAAAGACGUCGGUCUAAUCGAUAGAUGCAACACUCGCAUCGGCGGCGGUGACGACGGCAAGGUUUUAUCGGGUGGAGAAAAGAAGAGACUAGCCUUCGCCACCGAACUCCUGACAGAUCCUGAAAUACUGUUCCUAGACGAACCGACCACCGGACAGGACGCGCAUUCAGCCGGUGUCCUCGUGUCGCACAUGACUUCUUUUGCGUCGAGGGGUCGUACGAUUUUGUGCACUAUACACCAACCGAGUUCUACCAUCUUCGAUAGUUUCCAUCGUAUAAUUCUUCUAGCCAGUGGCAGAGUGGCGUUUGCCGGCACCAGCGCGCAAGCGAUACAAUUUUUCUCCAGCCAGGGUUACGAGUGUCCAUACAAUUAUAAUCCGGCUGAUUUCCUGGUCGCGACUAUCGCGAUCGCACCUAACGACGCGAGUGGCAGCGGAAGAGUCGCGCAGAGGAUAUGCGAUGCAUUUCUCACGAGCGAAGCGUGCAACGAGAUCGACAUUAUGUUGCAGCAGGAACUUAACAUCGCUCGUUCGCAAUCCGUAAAUUCCAAGAAAAAUAUUAGCGCAUCGCGCGCCUUCAAAGAACCAAGUUGCUGGUUGCGUCUAUACUGGCUACUUCAUCGCGGUGUUUUGCAGGUUCUGCGGGACCCUUCAGUGCAGAUGAUCAGGAUACUGCAGAAAAUGAGCGUUGCAACAGCCGCCGGGCUGUGUUUUCUAGGCGCUGUCGACUUUGAUCAACUGCGUAUUCAAGCGACGGAGGGUGCCAUUUAUCUCCUGGUGUGCGAAAACACAUUCUUUCCCAUGUAUGCGACCUUAGCGUUGAUCCCGCAGGAAUUGCCGCUUCUUCUUCGAGAGUACAGAGCGGGCAUGUAUUCCGUCCAUCUUUAUUACACAGCGCGAAUGAUAUCGCUGAUACCGGGUUUAUUGGUGGAACCGGUGCUGUUCACCGUGAUAAUGUAUUGGCUAGCGGGCUUGCGUCCCACAAUGGACGCUCUCGGUUUGACCAUAUUGGUGAUCAUAUUCACGAUGAAUGUAUCUACCGCUUGCGGGUGCUUCUUCUCAGCGAUUUUUGAGAACGUGCCACUGGCAAUGGCAUACUUGGUACCAUUUGACAACAUUCUCAUGAUAACUAUGGGGCCUUUCAUUAAACUGAGCUCACUGCCUAUAUACGUUCAAUGGAUAAGAUAUUGCUCCUGGCUGCUACACUCGACGGAGGCUCUCACCAUUAUCCAGUGGAGAGGCGUGCACAAUAUAUCCUGCGAAACGACCGAGUCGGAGCUGCCCUGUUUCACCGAGGGCACCGAGGUGUUGAAUCGCUACGACUUCGACGAGAGCAAUUUUUGGCCGGAUAUCGUUCUCAUGGUUAUCAUUUACGUCGUCUUCCACUUACUGGCGUACGUCUCUCUGUGGAAGCGAUGCAGAUCGAACUAAAUCGGCCUUAACUACGAGGCAGCGUUACAUAAUUAAUAAUACGACGCACAUUUCUGCGAGGGAACACCGUCGGUGCAUCAUCCUGACUCUUUUAAUGACGUGUACAAUCAUUUUAACUGCUGUUUUUAUCAAGCCAUUAAAGCAACUCUGAAAUUCGCAAAAAA